GGCGCGCCGUCGGGGCGGGCGGGCGCCGCCGCCUCCCCGGCACCGCCGCCUCCCCGGCACCGCGCACCGCGCCGAGCACCGCCGCCUCCCCGGCACCGCGCCGGACACCGAGAGCCGCUGGCCGCGCUGCCGCCGCCGCUCACCAUGGCCGUCGCCUACCUGCUGGGCAACGGCUCGGCGCCGCUCCUGGCCGGCGCCCUGGAGGUGCCCUUCGCCGCCAACGCCUCCACCGCCUGCCGCCCCGCCGCGCCGCCCUGCGCGGCCGCGCCGCCGGGCGCCUGGGGCAACGCCUCGGCGGCGGGCUGGAACCGCUCCGAGCCCUGCGGCGGCGCCAACGGCAGCGCGGGCGGCGGCGGGCCCUGCGCGCCCGCGGGAGGCGGCCCCUCCGUGGUCACGGCCAUCGCUAUCAUGGCCCUCUACUCCGUGGUGUGCGUCGUGGGGCUCUUCGGCAACUUCUUGGUCAUGUAUGUCAUCGUCAGGUACACGAAAAUGAAGACUGCCACCAAUAUCUAUAUUUUCAAUCUUGCACUGGCAGAUGCCCUAGCAACAAGUACUCUGCCAUUCCAGAGUGUGAAUUACUUGAUGGGAACAUGGCCGUUUGGUACCAUCCUUUGUAAGAUUGUAAUAUCCAUAGACUACUACAAUAUGUUCACCAGUAUCUUUACACUCUGCACCAUGAGUGUGGAUCGCUAUGUAGCUGUUUGCCACCCAGUUAAGGCCCUUGAUUUCCGUACCCCCAGAAAUGCUAAAAUUGUCAAUGUCUGCAACUGGAUUCUUUCUUCUGCCAUUGGCCUGCCAGUUAUGUUCAUGGCAACUACUAAAUACAGGCAUGGCUCUAUUGACUGCACACUUACGUUCUCCCACCCUGCGUGGUACUGGGAGAACCUCCUGAAAAUCUGUGUGUUCAUCUUUGCCUUCAUCAUGCCAGUCCUGAUCAUUACAGUGUGCUAUGGGCUGAUGAUUUUACGCCUGAAGAGCGUUCGCAUGUUAUCUGGCUCCAAAGAGAAGGACAGGAACCUGCGGAGAAUCACAAGGAUGGUUCUUGUAGUGGUGGCAGUGUUUAUUGUCUGCUGGACUCCCAUCCAUAUUUAUGUCAUCAUUAAAGCCCUGGUCAACAUCCCAGAAACUACCUUCCAGACUGUCUCCUGGCACUUCUGUAUUGCUCUAGGGUAUACAAAUAGCUGCCUUAAUCCAGUCCUUUAUGCAUUUCUAGACGAGAAUUUCAAAAGGUGUUUCAGAGAGUUCUGCAUCCCCACUUCCUCAACCAUUGAGCAGCAAAACUCCACCCGAGUCCGACAAAACACUCGUGACCAUGCUUCCACUGCCAACACUGUGGACAGGACUAACCAUCAGUUGGAACUUCAAGAAGCUGAAACUACUCCACUGCCGUGACAGGGUCUCCUGCCGCAUGGCUCUCAAAGCAAUUGCACACCGGUGCCAUGGUGUGUCUGGGCAGUAUACUAUGGGAAGGUGUAGGAUACACCUUCCCUCAAAAAAAUACCACAGAGGAAAGUGCCUGCUUUUCCAGUCUGUCAAAAAUUGCUUCUGCAGCACUUCUACUUUGCGCAUAAAACAGAAGCAUGAAACUUAACAGCAAGCAGAGCCAAGAGUUACGGGGGCUUGCCAAGCUCCAGUGUUAACAGUCAUGUUUACCAGGAAUAUAUACAUUAGUCUUAAACAAAGCUACUGUACCUGUAACAAUCUGACAUGCUCUUGACAAGUUACAGUGGUGUUAAACAGGUUGGAAACAAAAAUUCAAAGGCUAGACAACUAUAGUUUGAAAACUGAAGGUGAGCUUUUAAUGGUGGAAAAUAAUGGGAAAUGAAGUUGUAAUAGUAUUGGUUACUCAAUUUACUCUUAAGAUUUAUUUGUAGAGGUGUUUUCUGUGCAGGUUAUUUGUGUACUGAAGUCUCACAAGAUCAUCUAGAACAAUACAUUUGCAGUUCAAGAGGUCUUCUCUUACAAGGAUUUCAUGUUUCACAGUUUCAAAGGGAAAAUAUAAUUUCAGUGUUCACUUAGCAAACAAAACUCCAAGCUUCACCUUCUUCUUCUGUUUCUCACAUAAAAAAUAGACUUUAAAACCAAAACAAUGAGCUACAACUUCUUCUAAAAGAGAUGAGUAAAUGAAAGUAUCCCAUGUUGUACUGAUUGUCAAAUGAUCCCCAAAACAGCAUAGACUUUAUUAACAUAAAUUCCUAUGUGAACAGAAAUCUAGCUGUAAGCCUGUCAGAACUAGCACAGGCUGAUGAUGUCUUCUCUUUCAAGUAUUUCAAGUAGUUUCUCAAAUUUCAGCUGCCCUAUCAGCAACAUUUUGAAUCUCUAUGUGAAGUGCUUGGAGCAGUUAAUGCAUUAGACCUUUUUUAAUAAUAAUAAUUAAAAAAAAAAAAAAAAAAAAGAGUUACAUUUUGCUAGACAUCUAUUUUUUCUUAACCAAACCUAUAACACAUUUGCUUUUCUAACUAAUGUGAUACAGUCUGCAUCUCCAUUUUGUAUUAGCUGCUAAACACAUUAAGAUUUAUGACAGAAACAUUGUACUGAAGUAAAUACCACCUUAGCUGUUUUCUAGUAUGAAAAAUAGAAAUAUCCAUGUAGAUAAUUUGUGGUGCAAUGGUAUUUUCUAGCCAUUGUUUGUUACUUGCUUUGUAAAUAAAUCAUCAGUAGUUAACCAGAGGCAAACGUACUUUGAUGAAUUUGAAUAUAUUCUAAAAUACAACUCUAUGGAGCAGGGGGGUUUUUGGCUUUUCUAUUUCUGCAGCCAAAUGUAUUUCUUAUUUUCAUUGUUAAAAUCUAUGUAACAAUAUGCUUUUAAUGUGAAAUUGUUUGGUUUUGCCAUGGACUGCAUAAUAAAGAUUGAAGGCCAAAUCCUUGCAAGUUGUAAAUUAAAGUAAUAUUUGAGUUUAAUCACUGUGUUGAAGCCAAAUAUGUAGCCCUAUAUAUUAGCAGAUAUGAAUCUAGAUAUAGCAGAAGUGCCUUAUUUUUUUUUUCCUUUUCUGUUGAAAAUUCCACUGUGCUGUCAUAGGGUUUUAAUAUUUAAUUUUGUAUUAGUUUAGCAGUAUCUCCUCGUAGUCAUCAUUAAAGUUUAAACCAGAGUCAUCACCA